GAUUCAAAACAGAAGCUCUCAGGACUACGGCACAGAGAGAGAGAGAGAAAGGGGAAAGAUAAAAUCUGGAUCUUAUCUAAUAGCAGAUUUGGAGAUUUGAGCAGCGGGAUUCGUGGUGCGGGCUGUUACGCACGACAGCGUUUGCCUGCGGUAAAAUCAGCCUGAGUUUUUGGACAGGAGACGCACGGCUUGUCUGCUCUUCCUCGUUAGAAAAGAGGGUUUAUUGCGGGGAGGUUUACGGAGCAGCGGUCUGAAGACACACUGGAGGAGUUGGGAUGUCCUGAUUCAGUCCUCUGUGCCCAGAGAGCGGUGUGCUGAUGGGACCUGCUGCGCCACCAUGAGCUUACAAGAUGGCGGCUGCAGCUACGCCAGCAGCGCCAACAUGGCCACAGCAAGUGGCAGCAUGCGGCGGCGCCUGGAGGACCAGGAGUUCACUCUGCGCGUCUAUCCAGGCACCCUGGCAGAGGGCACCAUCUACUGCCCCGUCACUGCACGCAAGAACACCACAGCUGCUGAAGCCAUCGAGUGCCUCAUUGAACGGUUGCGCCUGGAUCGUACCAAAUGCUACGUGUUGGCUGAGGUGAAGGAGUUUGGUGGGGAGGAAUGGAUCCUGAACCCCAGCGACUGCCCUGUUCAGAGGAUGAUGUUGUGGCCGCGGAGCGCCCUGGAGAACCGCAGUGGCCUGGGCAGUGGCGAUGACUACCGCUUCCUCCUGCGGGAGAAAAACCUGGAUGGAUCUAUUCAUUAUGGCGGCAGCCUGCAGAUGUGGCUGCGGGUGACUGAGGAGCGUCGGCGCUUGGUGGAACGGGGCUUCCUCCCCCAGCCUGCAGGGAGCGACCCUCCGUCCGACCUCUGUGCUCUCCCAGAGCUAACAGAGCGUGCCAUUUUGGAAAGCCUUCGUGCACGUUUCCGCCAGGAGAAGAUCUACACUUAUAUUGGGAGUAUUCUUAUUGUGAUUAACCCCUUCCAGUUCCUGCCAAUCUACAAUCCUAAAUAUGUUAAAUUGUAUGACAACCACAGACUGGGGAAGCUGGAGCCCCACAUUUAUGCUGUGGCAGAUGUGGCAUAUCAUGCCAUGCUACAGCGACGUAAGAACCAGUGCAUAGUUAUUUCUGGUGAAAGUGGGUCUGGGAAGACCCAGAGCACCAACUUUCUCAUUCAUCACCUCACUGCACUCAGCCAGAAGGGAUUCGCCAGCGGGGUAGAGCAGAUCAUCCUGGGAGCGGGGCCUGUGUUGGAGGCAUUUGGGAACGCUAAGACGGCCCACAACAACAACUCCAGCCGCUUCGGCAAGUUCAUCCAGGUCAACUACCAGGAGAGUGGCACCGUCAGGGGAGCCUAUGUUGAGAAGUACCUGCUGGAGAAAUCACGUCUGGUGUACCAGGAGCACAAUGAGAGGAACUACCAUGUGUUCUACUAUCUGUUGGCUGGAGCCAGUGAAGAGGAGAGGAAGUCCUUCCACCUGCUCAAACCUGAGGAAUACCACUACCUCAACCAGAUGACAAAGAAAUUGCACAAACUCCACUGGGACAAUUACUAUGAGAGCGAACUGCAGGACUGCUUCACAGUGGAAGGAGAGGAUCUGAAACAUGACUUUGAGCGGCUGCAGCUGGCUAUGGAGAUGGUCGGCUUCCUACCCACCACACGCAAACAGAUCUUCUCCCUGCUGUCAGCAAUCCUCCACCUGGGGAACAUCCGCUACAAGAAGAAGACCUACAGGGACGAUUCUAUCGACAUCUGUAACCCAGAGGUUCUGCCCAUCGUCUCAGAGCUGCUAGAGGUCAAAGAGGAGAUGCUGCUGGAAGCGCUGACAACCAGGAAGACGAUGACUGUUGGAGAGAGGCUUAUUGUACCCUACAAACUUGCUGAGGCGGGCACGGUGAGGGACUCCAUGGCCAAGUCGCUGUACAGCGCGCUGUUUGACUGGAUUGUGUUCAGGACCAACCAUGCUCUGCUAAACAACAGGGACCUGGAGGACAAUUCAAAGAUUCUGUCCAUCGGAGUCCUGGACAUCUUUGGUUUUGAGGAUUAUGAGAACAACAGCUUUGAGCAGUUCUGCAUCAACUUCGCCAACGAGCGGCUCCAGCACUACUUCAACCAACACAUCUUCAAAUUAGAACAGGAGGAGUACAGGGCAGAGGGCAUCACCUGGCACAACAUUGACUACAUCGACAACAGCGGCUGCAUCAACCUCAUUAGCAAGAAACCCACGGCACUGUUCCACCUGCUGGAUGAGGAGUGCAAUUUUCCCCAGGCUUCCAAUCAGACCUUGCUGGACAAGUUCAAACGUCAGCAUGAAGCAAACAGCUACAUCGAGUUCCCUGCUGUCAUGGAGCCCGCAUUCAUCAUCAGACACUACGCUGGUAAAGUCAAGUAUGGAGUCAAGGACUUCAGGGAGAAGAACACUGACCACAUGCGUCCCGACAUUGUGGCCUUGCUCAAGAGCAGCAAGAACGGCUUCAUUUGCAGCCUGAUGGGAAUCGACCCCGUGGCGACCUUCCGCUGGGCCGUGCUGCGAGCCUACUUCAGAGCCCUGGUGGCUUUCAGGGAGGCCGGACGCAGACACACCCACAAAAAAACUGGGAAUGAUGCUGCAGUUCCCUGUGCUGUUGUCAAAACUGUCGACAGCUUCAGUUUCCUUCACCACCCGGUUCACCAGAGGAGCCUCGAGAUCCUUCAAAGAUGCAAAGAUGAGAAAUACAGUAUCACCAGAAAGAAUCCCCGGACACCUCUGUCAGAUCUUCAAGGCACCAACGCCCUGAAUGAGAAGGCCAGCUGGGAUGGCUAUAGUGUUGGCUGUAACGGCCGCAGUACCAGGUCUGGUCGGUUGUCCUCGACGGGGGGUCCGGCCCUGGAAGAAGACGGGAUCUUCCUCAACACGACCAGCAGCAAGCUCCUAGAGAGAGCUCAGGGCAUCCUACUGAGGAACAAAAACUGCAAAAGCAAGCCAACCCUUCCCAAGCACUUGUUGGACGUGAAGUCUCUGCGCUACCUGAGCAGCGUGACACUCCACGACCGCAUCACAAAGUCUCUGCUUCACCUGCACAAGAAGAAGAAACCCCCCAGCAUCAGCGCGCAGUUCCAGGCGUCCCUCAAUAAACUGAUGGAGACUCUCGAUCAAUCAGAGCCGUACUUUGUCAAGUGUAUUCGCUCCAACGCUGAGAAGCUGCCGUUGCGUUUCAAUGACAGCUUGGUGCUCAGACAGCUCAGAUACACAGGUAUGCUGGAAACCGUCCGGAUCCGACAAUCAGGAUACAGCAUCAAGUACACCUUCCAGGACUUUGUGCGCCACUUUCAUGUGCUGCUGCCUCGAGGCACGAGCCCAACCAAGUCAGGCAUCAGGGAGUUUUUCAGACGGAUCCACCUGCCACCUGCUGGGUAUCAAGUGGGCAACACGAUGGUGUUCCUGCGGGAGGCGGAGCGUCAGCGGCUUCAGACCCUCCUUCACCAGGAAGUGCUGCGGCGCAUCAUCACACUGCAGCGUCGCUUCAGGGCCGUCCUGGAGAGGAAGCACUUUGUUAGCAUGAGGCAAGCCACCUGUGUCAUCCAGCGAUGGUGGCGAUGCUGCCUUCUCAAAGAGUCCACCAUUGACUCGGGUGAUGAGCAGGAGGCGGUUGUGUGUCUGCAGGCGGCCUGGAGGAGCUACAGGGAGCGCAGGAGGUUCCUGCAGUGUCGGAACUCUGCCAUCAUAAUUCAGAGGAGCUGGAGAAAAUGCUGUCUACGCAGAUCUUUGGCAGCCGUAACGGUUCAAAAAGCAUGGAGAGGAUUCAGGGAGAGGAACCGUUACUGUCGGACAUACAGAACUGUGAUGCAGCUGCAGGCGAUGGGCAGGGGAUACCUGGCUCGACUCAGGUUCAGUGAAUUGAAGGAGCAGCAUGAAAGACAGCAACUCAGUAGACAACAGAGUCCACAAGCAGAGAUGGAUGCAGGAACCAUGGAGUGUUAUGUCCAGCAAAUCUCUGUAGAACUUUCUGAGGACUCUAAGCCUCUUUCAUUAGACGUGGGAGAGACCGAAAGAGAAGAGGACUCAGAGCAAAGUAGGAGCACAGAUGAGACGAGCAAUAAGAACCGGUCAAAACGAGAGAGCAGGCGAAUGAGAGAGCUGGAGCAGGCUCAGUUCAGCUUAGAGCUUCUCAAGGUCCGAACCACCAGUGUGGGAGGUUCUCUGCAAGAAGACUCUCUCCCAGACACCAGAGCCUGUCAGCCUGAAGACCAUCACAGACAUUCACCCCGGGGAUCUCCUACCAGUCAUGGAAGUUUUGAACUGCUCAGUGUGGAAGACAUGGAGACUGAAGGCUCUGGAGGUUCCCAGUCAACUGCACCUCAAGAACAUCCCCAAGCACUGGAUAUUCAACUACAUGAGGGGCUGAGAGAUUCAAACUAUAACAAAAAGCCUGUGAUGGAGCCUCCAGACAAGGCAGGGGGUCCAAGGGCAACAUUUUAUAUUGCUUCUGACCAAAGUCCACUUCAUGAACCAAAAUUUGAAAGCCCCAGCAAAUCUUACAAAGAGAGGAGGGAGUCCACAUCUCGAAGGCCUGUAGUGGUGUUGAUCAGUAUGCAGAAGGAGAGCCCUGUGGAGGAAGGGGAGCUGCUGGCAGCCCAGACCGUAGAAGGAGCUUCUGAAAAUGGAACCGCAGCAUCCAGUUCCCAAAUGACGCCUGUUUCCAGCUUGGAAGUAGCAUCAGAGAAGGAACAGCCUGACGGGAUGGCUACCCAGGCCAUGAAAGAUGUAUUCGGUAUGGACAAGUCUUCAACCGCCCAUGGAUCAAGUCCAGAAUUACCUGGGAUUUGCUCCUCAGAGGUGGACAUCCAGAUUGUCCUGGAGCCAAACACCAGUGUUCCUGUUAUUCUCCCCAGUCAGCAGGAGAGGAAGGCGAUCCGGCCUGCACAGGAGGCUCCCAGCCCAGUCCUGGACACCAAACCUCCAAAAGCUCCAAAGAAGAGUUCAGCCCAAACUGUGAUUGUGAACAUGGUGGAGAAACCGUCCAGCACUGUGUUCUCCCCACCCAGACGCAAGCUGCCCUUCUCCAAGUCAGAUAAGGAUUUGGUGAACCAGGAAAGAUCUCUGGCCAUGUACAGAGACGACUCCAAAUCUGCAGGAUCCAGAAACAGAGAGCAGGUGGGCCGCCCCGGUCCCAAAAAGAAACCGCGAAUGUCCCGGACGCGCUCCGAUUUCCUCACCCGCUGUAACUCUGAGGGGGCGACCCAGUCAGAUGACGACGAUGAAUACUACAUCCCUGCCCACUCCCACACGCUGCCCCCCUCCCUCUCUGCCACACUUGCCCACCCCGAGGCUGACUGUCACAGUGACUACGAGAUGCCAUCUCACAAAGACCAGAAGAAGAUCCAUAAGACCAUGUCAUCAGGAGACCUGGGCAAGUUAGAGGUCCUCAGGAAAACCUCCAGUCAGGAUGGAAGCAGGAUGAGAGGAAAGAUGAGAUUCUGGAGUAAGGCGAAGCACGGUGAGAAGAAACUGUCGAGAGAGAAGCAGGCCAGCAGGAGCGAAGCAGGAGAGACUCAAGAAGGACCUUCUCCUCCACACAGUCCAGAUUUGGAGGCAGCUGCUUCUCGGGGUGUCAGGGACAGUAAGGAGAACAAGGAGCCAUCUCCUAAAAUGAGGAGGCGUCGCAGUGUGAAGAUCAGCAGCAUUACUCUGGAGCCCGCCCAGUGGCAAAACGACGCACUGCACAUUCUCACCUCAGCCCAUGACUACCGCAGCAUGAACGACUUCCUCAUGAAGAAGAUCGCUGACCUGGAGUCUGAAGACGGUAAGAAGGACACCAUGGUGGAUGUCGUCUUCAAGAAAGCACUGAAGGAGUUCAGGAUCAACAUCUUCAACUCAUACUCCACCGCCCUGGCAAUGGAUGAUGGGAAGAGUAUCCGUUACAAGGAUCUCUACGCCCUGUUCGAGCACAUCCUAGAGAAGUCCAUGCGUCUGGAGCAGAGGGACUGGAGCGAAUCACCGGUGAAGGUGUGGGUCAACACCUUUAAGGUCUUCCUGGACGAGUUUAUGACUGAGUUUAAGCCCAUGGAGGGAACUAUUGGCAGGGCUCCUAAACGCGAACGCAAGAAGUCAAGGAAGAAGGAAACUGACAUUGUGGAAGAGCACAACGGCCACAUCUUCAAGUCCACACAGUACAGCAUCCCCACCUAUUGCGAGUACUGCUCCUCCCUCAUCUGGAUGAUGGACCGAGCGUGCGUCUGCAAACUGUGCCGCUACGCCUGUCAUAGGAAGUGCUGCUCCAAGAUGACCACCAAGUGCAGUAAAAAGUAUGAUCCGGAGCUGUCAUCUCGGCAGUAUGGCGUGGAGUUGUCCCGUCUGACCAGCGAGGAGCGAACAGUGCCCCAGCUGGUGGAAAAACUCAUCAACUACAUCGAAAUGCACGGCCUCUACACCGAGGGGAUCUACAGGAAGUCCGGCUCCACCAAUAAGAUCAAAGAACUCCGCCAGGGGCUGGACACAGAUGUGAGCAGCGUGAACCUGGAUGACUACAACAUCCACGUCAUUGCCAGUGUUCUCAAACAGUGGCUUCGUGACCUGCCCAGCCCUCUCAUGACCUUUGAACUGUACGAGGAGUUCCUCAGGGCCAUGGGUCAGCCAGACAAGCGGGAGGUAAUUCGUGGGGUGUAUUCGGUGAUCGACCAGCUCAGCAGGACACACCUCAGCACACUGGAGCGCCUCAUCUUCCAUCUGGUCAGGAUCGCCCUGCAGGAGGAGACUAACAGGAUGUCAGCCAACGCCCUCGCCAUUGUGUUCGCUCCCUGCAUCCUUCGGUGCCCCGACACCAUCGACCCGUUGCAGAGCGUCCAAGACAUCAGCAAGACCACCGCGUGUGUGGAGCUGAUCAUCAAUGAACAGAUGAGCAAGUACAAAGCUCGUCUGAAGGACAUUAACAGUCUGGAGUUUGCAGAAACCAAAGCGAAGAGCAGACUGACCCAUGUCAGGAAGUCCAUGAGCAAAGGUCGUGUUCGGCAAAACAGCACCCACACGACCUCGCCUCCUCUCAGCCCCAGGACGCCCCCUGUAGUGGAUGGAGAGUGUGCAGGAGGAGGAGGAGGAGGAGGAGGAGAGGAUGCAGCAGAAGCCGGGCUGAAUGAGCAGCAGCAACUGGCGAUGCAGCAGGAGGAGAGAAUCCUCACAGAGCAGAUCGAGAGUCUGCAGAAAGAAAAGGAGGAGCUGACGUAUGAGAUGUUGAUCUUGGAGCCGCGGACGUCUGACGAUGAGACUCCUGAAUCUGAAGCAUCCAUUGGCACAGCAGACAGCUCUGAGAACAUCACCAUGGAGACGGAGGGAGCCACCUCAGACCCCUCUGAGCCUGGAACUUAUCGCUCCAGAAAGUCGGAUACAAUAAGCAGACGAGCUUUGCGUCGUCAGCCCAACUCCCAGGACUCUGCAGACUCCACCUCAACCAUUUCCUCCUCCUACCACCCCUCCUCCUCCCUCUCCUCCAAUGCCUCCGGCUCUCCCUCCCCUCACUACCGGUUCCGGUCUUCCUCCUCUGGGCCCCUGCUCACCUCCUGUGGUUUGGGGGCCCCGUUGGCCGAGGAAGAGGGGAGCCACAAAGCUGGUAAGACCCGCCACAGGCUCAGGCUCAGCCGCAGCUCACCACGCGAGCCCUCAGGAAGCCACCGGAGGGAGUCGGACUUCAGCUCGGGGCCACAGCAGCUGGUUCUGUACGGCAGCAACGAGUUCAUGGUGUGAAUCCGAGGAGGGAGGAACGCCAGAGUGCAGGAGGGUGGACGAGAAGGGGAGGACGGAGAGUCCGGGGUUGAACGAGGCUGGUCACGGGGUGAGGUUUUUGCCCAGUGUCGCCUGUUGCCCCUCCUCAGUGCCCACCCCUCUACUCCCCUGGUCCCCAAAUCAGAAAACUGUGGGGGGAAAAAAUAAGAGAAUACUGGAAAUGUGACAGGGACAAAGAAAGAGGACUGAUGAUUAAUGUGAACGGCAAAAAGCUGGUACAAAGUGAAGUGAAAAGACAUGGUCGGACAUGUUUGUUGACCCUCAGAUCUUAGUGCCGUUUGACCCCUGCAGGAGCACCAGGGGUCGAUUAGAGGAGAGAGAGGAGAAGGGAAGGACGGGAGGUGAGACACAGAGAAAACCCACAACUGCAAAGCCAAAUCUUAUAGUGCCCCAUCUUUAUUUUUUAGCAUGUGGGCAGGUGGUUAAAGCCACCCAGAAGAAAUGUAGCCAUACUGACUGAACUGGCGGACGUUUUGUCUGUAACCAGCGCCAAGCUAAGUCUGCUUUUCACGUUUACACAAGACACACCAGCCAGAGGCUGCAUGCUUCUCCAUCACACUUUUUCCUACAUCAGUUUGAAGAGACUGUACAGAAAUAUGUUACAACUGUAUGUUCCAUUAUUAUUAUUAUUAUUAUUAUUAUUAUUAUUAUUAUUAUUAUUAUUGCUAUUAUUAUGUGACAGAGGAAAAAGUGUACAUAGAAAGAAACUCCAGUGCUGCUCCUGUUCAUUGUUGAUUUGUCUCUAUUUCCUGUUCUCUAUUUUGCAAAGUGAAGUGUCUGGAAUUUAGGUUCCACUUUUGUUUCUGUGCUGGCUAACCGUCAUUUAGUUUUUCUCUCUUCCUAUUUCACAAUGAACAAAUGCAGUUUUGGUUGCCCUCGUGUUAUACUCUUGAGAAACACUAGAAGGAAAAACUGACGAUCUGCGCUCACAUGCUUUAUUUCUUGGCAUGAGGUGUCACAUUCAAUCAGCCAUAAGUGUAUUGUAUCUCUUUCCCUGCAAGCUUUUUGUUUUUCCCUUCUGUUUUAUUCAGAAACAUCAGUGUUACUACGUCAGGACUUGAAUUUUUAAUAUAUAUCUAUAUAUAUAUAUUAAUGCUGUAUUAUAGGUGUUGUCAUUGAUAUCAACAAUGUCAUGUUUUUGUUGUCAAUAUUGUUUUACAGUUUAUUUUUGCUCAGAUGAAAGCCAUUUUUUCAUUUGCUUUGUGUGCAUGUCUGAAUGAAAGAGUGAGUAAUUCCUGCCACUGUAUCAGCUCCCGUUUUGUGCACGUGUAGUCUUUUUUACACACACUAGUGUUUCCCCCCAAAAUGUUCUUCUUGUAAAGGUGAAAAAAUUCUCUGCAACCAUCAAGUGACACUAAAACUCACUCAAACAUACAACAGUGUUUCAUUAGUCUGAGUUUUAUUGCAUCUGUGGGGAAACUCUUGCACUCAAACUGUCCACGAUGUCCUCUGAGCCAUCCAGAAUACUUUCUUCUUCUUCUUCUUCUCCUUCUUCUCCUUCUCUGUUACCAUAAUAGUAGCUCUUUCAUCCUCUUCUCUCCCAGCUUUGGCUGUGAAAAGUAGCAUUUAAUCUACCUGUUAAUCAGACAAAAACGAGUAGCAACUUACUCAGACCGUCCAUGUGUUUCUGCAUAUACUUACUCUCUUUCUGUCUCUGUCCACACAGUAUCGAAAAACUCAGUAUAAUAUUCAGUUUUAUUGGCCUACUGGGUAGCUUAACAGCAAUGAUGUCUCCAUACUUUAGCUGCAAUAUCUCUCCUUGCUUGCUGCGUGGGUGAUCAGAUACGUUUGGGCAACCUUUGCUCCGAUCUCACCAACGCAAUCAGUGUUAAUCAACGUUUCCUUGAAGCUGGAAGUCUCAGUAAAGACUGUGCUGAUCUCAGUUUUAAUGCAGGUGUAGAGACUUGCAGUGUGCUGUCUUUUUACAAUAUAAACUGUAGACCUGUUUUUUUUUUUUUUUUUUUUUUAGAAAAGUGAUUCGGAGGUGAGCUGAAUGGACAAAACUGAUUCCUGGUGAAAUAUCUUUAUGUUGAUAUUUUAUGGGAUGGUCUUUGUACAUGUCCAGGCUGUCAUAUGGCACGCGGCCUCCAAAAAAAGACUUAAAAAAGUGAAUGUACCUGUCACUGGAAGGCAUGCUCUGCUUUCUCUGGUUGUUUUGGUUUCUCUUUUAUACACAGUGUAUGUACUAUUUAUGAUCAUGCUUUUGGGGUGUACAUUGGUUUAAAAGAAUCUGUUAUAAAAGGUGUUAUAAAAGGAUAUAU